GGCUUCCAGGUUAAGUGGGCGUUGUCAAGAAGCGGCUUGGCUGGGUUGUGUUUUGGAGGACGCACGGCUGAGUCCGUACAGGAGUUGUCCGUAUGGGAGUUGCAGCGAUGGGACAAGACUGUAACUACCAAUUAGAUACCACGAAAUAGGGGAGAAAAGGGGGUAAAUAAAAAAAGGAUGUCUGUCUACAUUUUAGCAAACACUCUUAUCCAGAGCGACUUACAUUAGUGCAUUCAUCUUACGUAGUGUCACCUAACAAUCUUAUCACAAUCUAGCAAGUACAUUACUUUCAAAUGUUACUCAGGGAGGGGAGGAAAGGGCAGUGAAUGUGCCUUCUGCCUAGUUAGUCUAUUGACAGUUUAUUAGUAUUGUUAGGUUGGUAACGAGGUCAGUAUAGAAUACAUGGUAAAAUAUUGCACUUAAUGAGAUUUUACGAUAUACCUGUUGCUGAAACCUAUUUUGACACAUUUGCUCUAAGUUAGAUUGUCUGAAUGAUUGAGAGACCAAUGGCCUCUAUAAUACCUCUACUUUGACUUCUAAGGAUUGUUCUCAAAGACCGGGCAUGUCUCUGAAUAAUUUAAUUGGAAGUCUAUUUGAUUUAGACAAGAUACAGUAGCUACAACGGUUACAUUGCCACAUUUCAUGACUAGGGCUGGCACAAUUCCUGAAGAACUGUACCUGACAAUUAUGGGUGCAGACCAUAAUGAGAAUAAAAUAACCGGCAGAACCAUUUUUUUCUGUGUGUUUGGAACGAACUGAAGACGGGACGCCCGGGAAUUUGUGCGGUUUGAGUCCGUUUCUGCUGUAACAUGGACUCUAUAACGUGAUCAAACUUUGUUGCUCCUUGCCUGAAACAAGCAAGGUGUUGUAGCAAAUGAGUAUAGUUGCCUGGGCGGCAACCCCCUCCCUGCAGCAGUAGCACAUGCAUUCAGGAACAGAGGAGAAAAUGGUUGCAACGGUGACUGCGGAAAUGACCAAUAAGUCAUCCAAAAUUCCAUGACUGUCACUGCCCUGUCCAUGCUGAGAGAGUGUGUGUUGAGGUUAUGAAGUAUUUUUGGUAUCAACUCUGAAUAUUGUGCUAAUGUAUACUCUGACCUGUGUUUGUGAUUAGGGUGUCUACUGUGAGGCUGUUUUGGGACUGGGUGUCACUGAGUCUAAGUAAGGGUACUUGUGUGUUUUCCAGCUCUCGACUCUCUCCAGUUUCUUUGUCUAGUCUGCAUGGUCAGAGGAAGGGAGGGAAGCAGGCAGGACGGUGUUAGCCCAGCUGGAGGUGGAGCUGCCAGAGCUGUAAUCUGAGAAGGGCCCAACUCCCCAGAAAGAGGGUGGGGGAGAGCGUGAGCAUGCGCUCUCCAGUCUGACAUUGGACUCCUUAGCCUACAGGGAGCAAUGCAGGCAUCAGGCAAGGGGGACUGCUCAGCCAGGACUGUCUGUUUCAUCCUACUACCUGCCUCGCUCUGCCUAGAGUGGCUGCCUUCUCCACUGACUGUCUGACUGGAUCACUCAGAAGAUACAGUGACCGAGCAGGGAGUGGUUAUCUCGACUAGGGCUUUCAGGAGAAGAACACUGCCAGUGUUUCUUUAGCUUCCUCUUCAACGUGUUCCAUUUCUUUCCGUGUCUCCCUGGCUGGGCUGCCUGCUCGGCGCGGAGCUGGGUAUUAUUGUGUAGCAUUCCUGGAUUACAGCUACGUGUUAUUUAAAAAAUAAAAAUACAUCUCUAUUUGGGCCCUUCCUACCCGCGGCUCCUCCACCCUUCCUUGGCCUUUUCCUGGGCUGCACUUUAAAGAGGAUUUUUGGCUCUUAAGACUCCAGCCUCCUGCCCUCUGCCGUGCUGGUGAAAGAAGUGCCUGAAUCGGAGUCUCUGGCUCUGUUUGAUGCGUCCAGCCCGCCAAGGUGUCUGGCCCUGGACCCCCAGGCUCUGACUGCAGUAGUACUUCUGUUUUCUGAUGGGAGUUUAAGUAGAGACCUAGGGAGAGUGACGGGAAAGGAUCUGCCCUCUGUUAUGGGCUGUUUUUGUUCCUAUGGAAAAACCGCGAUGAAGAGUUCUCUCACACUCUCCCUAUGUCGGGCAGAGCUAAUGUUCAGCCCAUGAACUCAUGGAAGGGGGUGCUCAAGCUCUUCACAUGCAUAGCUUCUAGAACAACCGCCAACAAACCUAAAGAGUUACCCACAUUUCAAGAGAAGAAGAAAGCCUUAUUUAGGAAUCUUAUGGACGAAGAAAUGAGUCGCCAGACCGCCACAGCGCUGCCCACAGGAACCUCCAAGUGUGCCCCCUCCCAGCGCGUCCCCACCUUGUCCGGCACUACGGCCUCUAACAGCGACCUGGCCAGCCUGUUUGAGUGCCCCGUCUGCUUCGACUAUGUGCUGCCCCCUAUCCUGCAGUGCCAGAGCGGCCACCUGGUCUGCAGCAACUGCCGACCCAAGCUCACCUGCUGCCCCACCUGCCGGGGCCCACUGGGCUCCAUCAGGAACCUGGCCAUGGAGAAGGUGGCCAACUCUGUGCUGUUUCCCUGCAAGUAUGCGUCGUCGGGCUGCGAGGUGACGCUGCCCCACACAGACAAGGCAGAGCACGAGGAGCUGUGUGAGUUCCGGCCGUACUCCUGCCCCUGCCCAGGGGCCUCCUGUAAGUGGCAGGGCUCGUUGGACGCGGUCAUGCCCCACCUCAUGCACCAGCACAAAUCCAUCACCACGCUGCAGGGCGAGGACAUCGUGUUCCUUGCCACGGACAUUAACCUGCCUGGGGCAGUGGACUGGGUCAUGAUGCAAUCCUGCUUCGGAUUCCACUUCAUGCUGGUCCUGGAGAAGCAGGAGAAGUACGACGGUCACCAGCAAUUCUUUGCCAUCGUGCAGCUGAUCGGCACGCGGAAGCAGGCUGAAAACUUUGCCUACCGCCUGGAGCUCAACGGGCACCGGCGACGGCUCACCUGGGAGGCCACGCCCCGCUCCAUCCACGAGGGCAUCGCCACUGCCAUUAUGAACAGCGACUGCCUAGUGUUUGACACCUCCAUCGCGCAGCUGUUCGCUGAGAAUGGAAACCUGGGCAUCAACGUCACCAUAUCCAUGUGCUGAGGACUGUCAAGUGAACAGCCACUAACACACACACACUUUCUCUCACACUUUCUCUCACACACACACACACACACACACAUACUCGGACACAUUUCAGACACUACAGGACACCUGGAGUUGUACCUGGGGGGUUUGGAGGGGGGCAGGAUCUUUCCCAGGGAACCUGUUGUCUUCGAACAAUGUGAUUUAGAACGUUCAGAUCGGUUAGAUUGAUGAAAACAAUGGGAUUCAAUUUUAAGCUUCAUUACAAUAUUAGUUCUGUAACUAAAGUAAAGGUAUCCUUUUUUUACCUUAAUGUUCUGAGAAUAAUCCAGCAUUGCCCCUUGAACCCAGAGCACACACUUCAACAGGUGGGCUCAGUUUGCAGUCUUUCUUUGCAGAGGGAAGCUGGCAGAAGGGGCUCAGGGGAUAGACACUGUGGGAGGAGUCAAUUUGAGGGAGGAUGGGGAAUAAAAAUAACUUAUUUUUUUGAAGAUGUUGCAUUUCAGCUUAGUCAAAGUGAAACUAACUUCUUUUGAGUUCCAUUAUUGUUUUGGUUUUUAGUUCUGCCCCCCCCCCCCCUCAUUGGAUGAGAAGAGAAGGUCCUGGUAUUGUGUGCACAGACAUUGGCUGAGACGAAGCUAGUUUGGUCUCUCUCUGGAGUCUAACAGUUUUAGCCUAAACCACUGAAUAUCUGACCAGGAAUGGGGACAAUUUCUACAGUUAUAUUAUUAUUAUUAUUAUUAUUAUUAUUGUUCAAUGGAGAUUGUUAUCAUUAUCAUUUUUUUUGUAAGGACUUUUAAUGAAUGAAAAAGGCUGUAACCUUGUGGCUAAUCUUCAGUGUUUGUAGAUAAAUUGUGUUGUUCUUUCGAAGACUUCAAUGUAUUUUAUUUUGUAAAUUAGAUUUUUCUCUUCGUUUUGUCAGUCUUUGUCUACAUUCUGUUUGAGGAGUGGGUGACGCAAAGCCAAACAUCUCUGGAUACGUAGAACUGUUGCUGGUCCCAUUAUUUUGUUUUAUUUUGUCAUUAAAUAAAUCUAUCUUUUUCAUACCUUG